CGGUCCAGCAGUCCCGCCCCAAUUCCAAACCGAAGCGGCCGCGCCGGCGUCGCACGCCGCUCACAUCGCGGCGUGCGCCGCACCCCUACUCCCCAUGUCCCUUCCCCACCAACUCGCCGCCGGCGAACUCCUCACCGCCCUCCGCGGCGCCUCUUGCGCCUCCUCGGCCCUCCGAUUGUACUCCCUCCUCCGCAUCCGCCUCCCUCCCUCAGACCCCUCCUCCUUCGCCGGGCGCGCCGCCGCCUUCGCCCUCAAGCCCCUCUCCUCCGCCGGCUCCCUCCCUCUCCUCUCCCACUUCCACGCGCACCUCAUCAGGUCCAACCUCCUCGCGUACCCCCAGGUCGCCUCAUCCCUCCUGCGUUCCUAUUCACUCCUCUCCCCCGCGGCCGCCCACCACCUGUUCGAUCAAAUACCCCCUGCCACCUGCAACCUGUUUGUUGUCAACGUAAUGCUUUCGUCCCUGUGCCGUUCCUCUGACCUCGCCUCCGCACGCCUGUUCUUUAACGACAUCCCCGACAAGGACAUCGUCUCUUGGUCGACCAUGCUCGCUUGCUAUUUCUCCAAUAAGAGCGUAGCUGACGGCCUUGCCUUCUUCCGCACAAUGACAUUCACCACCACACUUGCUCCAGAUUAUGUAAUGCUCGUCACCGUCCUCACAGGAUGUGCGUCGGCUGGCUUGCUGCAGCCGUUCUGCAGAUCCAUUCACGGGUAUAUUGUGCGGCGCCAGGCAGUCAGUAUGCACCUCGGGACAUCGCUUAUUGAUUGCUAUGCAAAGGUUGGCCGCCUCGAUUAUGCUUCCCGUGUCUUUGUGCGGGUGCCCUCUAGGAAUGUGAUGCACUGGACUGCAAUGAUUUGUGGGAUGGCUAUGCAUCUGCAUUAUGACGAGGCUAUCCAGCUGUUUGAGGAGAUGCGCCGGCAAGGAGUGCGACCAAAUGAGAUGACAUUCACUGCUGUGCUCAGUGUAUGCGGGCAUGCUGGACUGGUGGAGCAAGGGAGAGAGUUCUUUAAACUUAUGGUUGAGGAAUAUGACCUUGAGCCAACUGUACAUCACUACGGGUGCAUGGUUGAUAUCUUUGCAAAGGCAGGUCAGUUGGAAGAUGCUUAUGAUGUUAUCAAGACCAUGAGAGUGGAGCCAAAUAUCAUCAUCUGGACUUCGUUGCUAGCGGCUUGCAAGAGGCUUAAGAAUUUUGACAUUGCAAUGGAGGUACUAGAUGAAGUAUUGGCAAUGGAGAUAUCUGAUGAAAAUGGUGGAUUAUAUACUCUUAUAUCUGACCUGUAUGUCAUGGCUGGGCGGUGGGAUGAUGUGUUGAAGGUUAGGAGAUUGAUGGAGGAACAUAAUGUGCGGAAGAACAGAUGGUCGAGAUCCGUUAGAGCGGGCAAACCACCUGGCUUGAUUGAUCCUGCAGUCAGUUGAUCUUUCACAUUGUUCAACAUCUGCAAAGUCUUGGUUGAAUUGUAGGACGAUACUUUUUUUUGUUAGACUCACCACAGAUGUAUUCAGCGGAUAGCUCCACAUGUUGCUUGAUGAAAUCCAGCUGAGGCCUUGUGGGAAUCAGCGGAAUGAAUACAAAUUUCUGGUCUAUUCUCCUGCAAUAUUGCAUUGAGGACUGGAGAUAACAGAUAAAGAUUUCUUUGAGUACAUUGCCAUUUCGGCCUUUCAGAGAGAACCGAAUGCAGACUAACAAUGGGGUGUCAGGUCAGCGGCCGAAAAAGCCAUUUGAUUCUAUACUAGUUCUUGUCAGGCGGUCUGUUGCUAACAAUGUGCAGCUCUAAGUGUUUCGAAUAAAUUCUACAACAUCGGGUCCUGUCAACUUUGUUGAUCAUCUGUUCUUUUGCCCAACAGUAUGGCAGGUGAAAUCUUUGCAGUGCAUACAUACGGCGGUGCUGAUUCGUCCUGUCACAAACUCUUUUAAAGACUGUUGUAUUCCAGUGAGAAACUGUGCUGUAAUGUAAAAAGGCCUUCUAUUCAAAAGAUGAUAUUGCCGGGAUCAUGUAACUGAUUUCUGUGAAAAAGAAGAGAAUGUUUUGCCAUUA